GUCAGAGCUUCCCUACUGCAACAUCAUACAUCUCAACCAAUACUAGCGACUUUUUUCCGGUUCAGCCUCCACAGUCGCGUUCACCCUCACACCCACAUCCACUACACAUACAAUUUUGAGGGAGGCUCUGAAACUGCCAUCAACAUGGCCGCGACUAAUGGUGAUGCAGCAGUUUUAGACGACAUCAAACCCCCUCAGGGUAUAGUCCUGCCACCCAAGGAAUUCAGAACUAUCCUCGAGAAGACCGCCGGAUUCGUCGCCCGAAAUGGCCUCGCAUUCGAAGAUCGCAUCCGAGAAAAAGAGAAACAUAAUCCGAAAUUCAGCUUCCUCAGCAAUGCCGACCCUUAUAACCCUUUUUACCUGUGGAGGCUGAGUGAGAUUAAGGAGGGUCGCGGCACUGCCGUCGCUGCUGGCCGGGCAGGUGAAGCUGCUGUUGUGGUAGAGACAAAACCUGAGGGCCCUCCUAAGCCUUCUGACUUUCAAUUCUCCGCCCGUAUGCCCAACAUCAGCGCCCAGGAUCUCGAGGUUGUGAAACUGACUGCUCUGUUUGUUGCAAAGAAUGGCAGGCAGUUCAUGACCGCUCUCUCUCAACGGGAGGCUGGCAAUUAUCAAUUUGACUUUUUACGGCCGAAUCACAGUCUUCACAAUUUCUUCCAGCAUUUGAUCGAUCAAUACACCAUGCUCCUGCGAGCCGGUGGAAUCGACGGAGAAGGAGGAAAGGUUCAGCAGGAGAGGAUCACCGAACUACGACGCAAUGUUGACGAUAAAUUCCACAUCCUGAACCGAGCGAAAGACAGAGCAGAGUGGUUGAAGCAUCAAGAAGAUGAGAAGCAGAAGAAGGAAGAAGACGAGGAAAAGGAACGAUUAACAUAUGCCCAAAUCGACUGGCACGACUUCGUUGUUGUCGAGACCGUCGUCUUUACCGAAGCUGAUGACCAAGCAAAUCUACCCCCGCCAACUUCUCUCUCUGAAUUGCAAUAUGCUUCACUUGAACAGAAGGCCAAGAUUUCCGUCAGUGCUAACCUGCGUAUUGAGGAAGCUAUGCCGACGGAUGACGAUAACACCUACAACGGAUAUGGGGCGCAACCCAAUUAUAACCUUCCUCAUCAUCCCGCACAAACCCAACUACAUCCAUCAGUCCCCACGCUACCCCAAGCUGCCUAUCAGAUGGCACCGCCACCACGCCCGAACGGUGUUCAAGAAGAUGAAGAAACACAACGAAUACGCGAAAGAGAAGAGGCGAGGAUGCGGAUGCAACAUGCACAGGCUGAGGCUAAGGGUGGUGCCGCCCCUAUGAAGAUUAAAGAAAACUACGUUCCUCGUGCUGCUGCGCGAGCGGCCAAUCGACAAGGUACACAGAUGGCUCUCUGUCCAAACUGUCACCAGCAAAUCCCGAUGAACGAGCUAGAGGCGCAUAUGAGGAUUGAGCUACUGGAUCCCCAAUGGAAAGAGCAGAAGGCGAAGGCCGAAUCGCGAUAUGCCACUACGAAUCUGUCACACUCCGACGUUGCUAAUAACUUAAAACGAUUUGCAAGCCAGCGAGGUGACUUGUUUGAUGGCGUGACUGGACAACCAAUUUCGGAGGAAGAAGUGGCGAGAAGGAAGCGGACGGCAUUGAACAGCUUCGACGGCAAUCCUGACUCUAGAAACCAAGCGCAUAUCAAUCAUAUGCAGAGCGUAAAUGUCGACGAACAGAUCGCACGGAUCCACCAGAGGUUUGCUAAGGAUAAUCAACAAGGUCACUAAUGCCUAAUGGCCUGAUCAUCUUAGCUUUUUUUGUAUACGUACUACGCAGAAGGGGCUAUUCGUAAACGAGGAGUUAUGAGCUGGUUCUUCCACAGAUAGGGUGAAACCUCUUCUGCUAAUCCGUACAGAGCUUCUCUCGUCCCUCCUUUUACGAUAAUGUCACGCGUAUGGAGGCAAGGCAGGAAAAUGGGAGCAGUUGUUUAUAAACUGAACAGCUGUGUUGUGCAACCAGAUUUGCAUGGUGGUUUGUCCUAGCACGUCGAAAUUAGCGGUGCUGCCUUGUGUGAUAGAGGCGUCCUCGUGAUAUUGAUUUCGAAGAUAUGCCUUGUAGAAAUUUUGUAUAAUGGAUAAGUAUGAGAACAUGAUGGGUGGUGUUUGGAAGGGGUUAAAAAGGGGUGGGCAAUGGACCUGUGUAUUAAUACUAGGUACCUAUAUGGUUCUACAUGGAACAUCAUAUUUUGCUAGUAAGCUAGCAGCAUUGUCCAAUCUACAUAGCAUAAUAUAAUCACGAAAUGGCAGACUAAACUGUUAUUGUA